CGCUGCGCCCCCGCCCGGCCCCGCCGGCGCCGCCUCCCCCGCCAGGCGACAGCAGCCCGAGGGGGACGCGGAGGCGCCUCCUGCCGCCCGCAGCCCAGGCGGCCGCCGCGGGGCACGAAGGCGCCUCCCCCCGCCCCCGAUGAGGGGCGCGCCCCGCCAUGGCCGCGCCGGCGAGCGACAGCGGCGGCCACGGGAGCCCGACCGGCAGGCGCGGGGGCGCGGCAGGCGCCGGGGAGGCCGCGGCCGCGGGGGUCCUCCCGCCGCUCGAGGACUACGAGUGCAAGAUCUGCUACAACUACUUCGACGCGGACCGGCGCGCGCCCAAGCUGCUGGCCUGCCUGCACACCUUCUGCCAGGAGUGCCUGCGCCAGCUGCAGCUCCGCGCCGCCCCCGCGCCCCCCGCGCCCCCCGCCGCCGCCGCCGCCGCCGCGCCUGAGCGCCCCCCGCGCCCGCCGCCCCGGCUCGGCCCGCCCGGCGCCAUCGCCUGCCCCGUGUGCCGCCACCGCACCCCGCUGCCCGACAGCCGCGUGCACGGCCUGCCCGUCAACACCAAGCUCGCCGACGCCCUCCCGCUGGCCCUGCGCGCCGCGCACGACCCGCUGCCCCAGGACCGCCUCCCGCCCGCCGCCCCGGCCCCCACCCCGGCCCCCGCCCCCGCCCCGCCCGCGGAGGACGCCGCCCGCCGGCCCCGCGCCCGCCUGCGCGCCCCGGGCGCCUACGACAGCUGCCGGGACUGCAAGCGCGCGGCGCUCACCGCCGGCUGCGUGUGCGUCGUCUUCUCCUUCCUCUCCAUGGUGGUGCUGCUCUUCACCGGCCUCAUCUUCGUCAACCACUACGGCGGCGGCGGCGGCGCGGCGCCCCCUGGAGCUGCCCCGGGGGCCGGGUCGCCGUCGCCCUCGCCCGUGGGGCCCAUCUGCCUGUCGGUGGCCAGCAUCCUGGCGCUCUUCUCGGUCGUCGUCACCUGGGUCAUCUGCUGGCUCAAGUACCGGCCCGAGGGCUCGGCGGGGGGCGGCGGGGGCGGCCCGAGGGCGCGGGCGGCGGCGGGCGGCGCGCGGAGGAGCGACACGUAG